CUGCAUCCUCACCAACUCCCACAGUGCAAACACCUAUAUCUCCACUUACUAUUAAAAUCCGUUACCAUUUUUCUUAAGCUCAUAAGUCAUACCGAUACCACUCACAAUUUACUUCAUUUUUUCUCACUUCAAAUCCUACCAUGAAUACCACAAUGGCAGCGCCGCCACCAAACUUCUGGGGAGACAUGCCCGAAAAUGAAUAUUAUAAAUCUCAAGGCGUAACGAAUUUUAAAUCCUACUUCAAAACUCCUCACGGUACCAUCUUCACUCAGUCAUUUUUACCUAUACCUCAUGACAACAAUAAUAAUGUUGUUACUCUUAACACGAGUAGUACGUAUUCGACUGGCCCCUGUAUAGCUCCGUCCCAUGUGAAAGCCAGUGUCUACAUGACACAUGGCUACGGGUCCGACACGAGUUGGCUAUUUCAACAAACAUGCAUCACGUUUGCCACGUGGGGUUACGCUGUAUUCACCGCGGACCUCCUCGGCCACGGCCGGUCCGACGGGAUCCCCGGCUACAUCGGCGACAUGGACAAAGCCGCCGCCGCGUCGCUUUCAUUUUUUCUCAACACUCGCCGGAGUGAUCAAUAUCGCCACCUCCCCGCUUUCCUGUUUGGGGAGUCCAUGGGCGGCGCCGUCACAAUGCUCAUGUACUUCCAAUCACCGCCCGACACGUGGACUGGUCUGAUCUUCUCGGCCCCACUGUUUGCAUGCACACAAGACACCAAGCCGUCUAGGGUUAGGUUAUUCAUGUACGGACUGUUGCUUGGGCUGGCUGACACGUGGGCCGCGUGGCCCGAGGAGAAAAAACUUGGAAAUGCAAUUAAAGAUUUCGAGAAAUUAAAAUUAAUGUUACAAAAUCCACGUAGAUAUUCGGGUCGGGCUCGGGUUGGGACUAAACGAGAGGUGGCGAGAAUGGAGGAUUAUUUACAAAAUAAUUUUCAUAAAGUGAAGGCUCCGUUUCUGGCUGUUCACGGCGCCGACGACGGCGUGACGUCGCCGGCGGGAUCGGAGAUGUUGUAUAACAAAGCAAGUAGUGUUGACAAGACACUCAAGUUGUAUCAAGGGAUGUACCAUUCUCUGAUACAAGGGGAGAGUGACGAGAAUGUUAAGCUCGUGUUGAGUGAUAUGCGGGCUUGGAUAGAUGAGAGAGUUAUCAAGUACGGCCCAACUUGUGAGGUCCAGUAAGCAGGCCUUUAUUUUUUAUGUUACUUGUUUAUAAUGAUUUGUUACGAAAUUUGAAUUAUUUUGACA